AGAUAGGUGUUUGGUGCUCAAGAAUUCAAAGUUAGCGUGACUGAAAUAAUUAACUAAUGGUUGAUAGCUUGGAUGAGAUUUUCAUAAUCACAGAAUCUCGGCUGGCACGCAAGGAAUGCAGCGAUUAGUUGGUAAUGUUCAUAAUCAAGCCUCAAGAUCGCUGCUUUGGCCACAACAUUUUAAUCAGCAACAGAUAAGCAACGUUACAUCCAUGGAAUUUCAUCCAAGGGCGAAAAUACGACGGUGCCGAACGUGGUUCAAUGCGUUUCAGUUACACGUCCUAGAAAGUACAUUCCUUGUUACACAAUAUCCUGACGUUUCCACGCGAGAAGAGCUAGCCGCUAAAUUAUCUCUGUCAGAAGCUAGAAUUCAGGUUUGGUUUCAAAAUCGUCGUGCAAAAUGGCGUAAAGACAAUCGAGUGGGCCACAUUGGACAGUAUGGCCCGGCACAAUCCCAGUGGCAGUAUCUUAUUCCAGUUGCGAGGAAUCUUUCGUUAGGCGAGGAAAAUUCGGACAGACCUCUCGAUUUGUCUAUGAAGACUUCCAGGCAAAAUGAAGACGUAAAUUCGCUGCCUUCAAUUAAGGAAGAU